UGUUCAUUCGAGGGUUGUGUUUUGCAGCACGGAGCCGGGCGGACCGGCAUGGGAGAACGCCGACUUCCCCAGCACCCCGCUGCCGCAGCUGACCGUCUGACUGUCUUCGCUCUGGACUCCAUGUGGUGCCCGCGCAACACUGCGGAGGGCGCCGCGGAAACGCAACAGUAAUUGGCCAAUGAUGCAAAUAUUCCACAAAUUCAGCGGUUACCCAUAUACUCUUACGGGGUGUAUUUAGACGGAGCCGGGUUUCGCUAUGAGCAAUUUCACCAUGUGAUCCCGAUAAGGACAUUAAUUUAAGGGAUGCACAAACAAGAAACCCAGGAAGACGUUGAAAACUGCCGGCAGCAUAGCGUUUUCCAUCGCAGAAACGAGAAUCUGGAUUUAUUUUCUGUCUGUUUUUUUUGUGAGAGAAACUAUUGUAUUCAUCCCAAGAGUCCAGCCCAAGCGUGAACCAGCAAGCCGAAACUGGGAUUGCGCUGGAUAAAUUGCCUUCGUUCCUGCGCUGGCUGUCUCGUGAUAAAUAUAAUUAUGGUAUUUGUACAUCCCCCUUCAAGAUGGACCGUUACAGUGGAUAUAAUAUACGCGGGGUUUCACAAGGCGUCAUAGUCAUAUUCCUUAGGAAUCGUCAAACUUUCCUAGCUAGGCAGAUCUUCGUGAAGAUUUCCUGACUAGUGGGAAGCAGAUCACAUUAAACGCGCUAGAAUGGAACCGGACGUGGUAUAUAACAGUCAAGUGGGCUUUGAACCGUGGCCGUACCGGCGCUUGAGCCGCAGUGUCAGCAGCGGCAACACCGUCAUGGUGCUGCAGGACGACGGCGCCUGGUACCUGGGCUUCAUCGAGGAUAUCGCCGAUGACCAGCAGCAGAUCUACGUCAACUUCCACUGCACCGCGUUACCGGCCGCCUGGCUGCCCGCCCACCGUGUCUUCCCGCACGAUUUCCUCGCGGGGCCGUGCCGGGACGCCGACACGGUGCGGGCGGCGCUGCGCAGCGAUCCCGGCGCGCCGCUCAUCUUCAGGCGCGCCGCCGUCACCGGCUGCUGCCACCGCCAACACGUGCCCAUGUGCUGCGUGCACGUGCAGACCACGGCCGACGGCCGGCGCCAUCUCCUGCCUCCGCUCCAUGUUGCCGCGCAGCGGUGGCCGCGGCGGCCGCUGCUGCAGCCCCCGGCGUCGCCCUACGAGGGCGUCUACGCCGCCUACACGACGGACACGCUGGACGUGGCCCACGUCAACAGUAUCGAAGAGAACCGGCUGCAGUUCGAGAUGCGGCGCGCGGUGUUCCUGGCGCAGCGCCGGGCCCUGAAUGGCCGGCCGUGGCAGAGAUUCCGCCGGAUCCAGUACACGCGCUAUUUCAUGCGUCUCGGCGCGGAUUCCGUUAAGUUCCUGAUCUGGCAGUGUCAGGAGGAUGAACGCCCGUGGAGUGUGGAGUUGCUGACGGAGUGCGUCCGGCGCUGCUUGCAGAACGGCGUAUUGGCUAACGAUAAUAUGGGUAUUCAUGCGGCUGUCACAGGGUACGACUGUACUGCAAUUUCGCAUGAUGGGGACGGCGACAGCGAGCGGUUGGGUGGUUUGCCGUUGGAAAUCAUCCAGUGCCUGCUGGACAUGAUGGAUAUCGUCACGCGUACCAGGCUGCAACGGGUCAGUGCAGCCUGGAACGACGCGGCCGCCCGCUGCGCCGUACUGCAGCGGCACUGUGUGCUGGACUUGGGGCUGCGUGGGCGGCGCAGUGCUAACAUGUACGAUGAAGCAUUUCGGCUGGGCCAGCUGCUGCACUGCGGUCUGCGCCGCGAGCGGGUGCAGACGCUGGUGCUGAGCCGGUGGCGGCCCGGCCAGCACUGGCAGGCCGAGCGCAGCCACCGCACCGGCAACGCGGACGUCAGCGUUAUUUGGCGGGUGGUUAGAAUGCUGCGGCCGGCCGCGGCGCUGCAGCGCAUUAUCUGCCACCGCUGCGCCGUCAGCGGUGAACUGCCCGCCCACUGGCCCUUGUUUAGUCAACUGCAAGCCAGCACCGAUGCGCCGCUCCACUGUCCCCUGCACCACCUGACCCCGCUGAUGGACGUGUGCAGCGGCCAGUUGAUCCUGGUCGACUACAUCCAGAACGAUGCCGUCUGCUAUUUCCACCAUCGACGACCGCAUCGGCGCGCGGACUUUACCCCCUUGACCGACGAGCCCUACCUGCGCCGCGACCCGGCGCCGCCGCUGCCGGUGGCGUUGCCCUUCCUGCGUCUGGACUGCGCCGGUCAGGAUGCCGUCGCGAUUCUGACCAGUAUGCGGACGGCCAUGGAGGCCGCCCUCCCGGAGCCGCCGGCGGAGAUGCGCCGCAUGGCCACGGACAUGUACGCGUACUGGCGCACCCGCGACACCUACUGGAACUUCCUCCACCAUCUCUUCACCGCCACGGAGCCGGGCGGACCGGCAUGGCAGCACGCCGACUUCCCCAGCACCCCGCUGCCGCAGCUGUCCCGUCUGACUGUCUUCGCUUUGGACUCCAUGUGGUGCCCGCGCAACACUGCAGAGGGCGCCGCGGGACCGCAGUAGUCCUUGCCGAGAUCCAACGAUCCAGUAUCGCUGACGAAGUUGAGCAGGAUUGCUAUGGAAAACUUAACCACAUGAAUGUGAAUCGGACGAUUAGGAACGCCAAAAGAAGAAGCGCCUUGUUCCCGGUUCGGAAGCAUUCGGCGCUCUGUUUCCGGUGAUGAUGGGUGUCGCCGCAGCCCGAGCUGGAAAUGAUGGAGGACAUAUUCUGUCGUGCCGCAGCAAAUGGGAUGGAGUGACAAGACCUAGAGAUCGAUCUGGAUGCAGAGGACCACCCAGUCGAAGUCCCCGCUGAACGCCCAGUGACGGAGGCCGUUCAGUUUGCUGACCUUUCGGACGAUUCUGUUUAAUAGCUUUCGCUGCCACUCUGGGCGGUUGCAAUUUUCAGCGCCGGAAGUGAUUGAAUUAAUGGCUAUUAUGCAAUGAAAUCAGUAAUACAAACCGAGUGCACCUCGUUGUUGAACCCGCACAAUCACAGAAUCUAUACUGGUAUUGUCGACUAAUCUUAACUGAGUGUACAAGUACACACGCCACACUUGAGCCCAGUCCCAAAUAAAUAAGCCGAUGGACAGACUCCAUAUGCAGACAAUUAGCAUUACAUUCGCUACCGAGAUGGAGUCGGCACUAGGCAGUAGUCCCGGCAGCCGUGCGGGAUGCUAGUCGCUGCCGAUGCUACUUGAACUGCUGGUUGAAGAACUGCUGCGGCCGCAGGAUGUACGGUCCCUGGGCGGCCCGGCUGGCGCCGCCCACCAACGGAUUACUGGCCACCGCCGGGCGCGGGGCGGCGGCCCCCGGGCGCAGGGCGUUCUGCCGGCCGAAGGUGGAGAUCUGGUUGCCCUGCGCGUCCACCGUCCAGAUGUAGCCGGUGUUGGUCAGCGUCUGCUGCGUGGUGAAGCGCCCGUCCGCCUCGCAGUCCGGCUGGAAGCCGCGCGUCUGGCCCUGCACUGCAACGACACCCACAUCACCAGCGCGUCCACUACGAGAGGGUCUCCCCCGAGGACUUACACUGCGGCAGACCGGCCUGCAGACGCGCCUGCCGGCACGUGCACUUGCCGGAGUUGAUCAGGCCCUGCGAGAGGUCGCCGUUGGGCAGCCGGAUCUUGCCCAGACUGAAGCAGGGCACGUUGACGUCCAGGUUGCGGUUGCCUUCCCAUAGGCCGGCCUCCACCGCGGCCAACAUCCAGCCGCAUCCCAUCAGGAUAAUCAACGCACGGGCCAUAAUGCGGGUUGUCUAAUAUGACAGGCAAACGAGGAAACGGCGCAACUCGUGCACAAAUCAACAGACUUUGAAGCCGGUAAUCCGCAACGGCGAGAUAACUGCAAAUGGCACGCGCACGUUUCCAGCGCCGACUGCCUGCCAAAUUUCCGUAAUCUCACGGAAAAACACGGUAUAAUCGGCUGAAAUUGUUAUUAAGACAACAUCCGUCAUCGGUAGAGCGCGGAAAACGUCCCGCAGGCAUUAAUCACGACCACACCGGUUGAGCGCAUGAACAAGCACUAAUAACAUC